AUGUACCUCCUCAGUUUGUUCUACCUGUCUGCAUUGAUCAAUCCUCAUGUGUGUUCCACAUGUCCACCUGAUUUUCGAAUAGAGAAUGAGGGUGUAUGUAUUGUGGUGGGAAGAUAUAUUUCUAACUUUUGUGCUGCGGCCGAUUAUUGCGCACUCUAUGGACAAAGAAGGCACCAACUGGUCUACCUGAUUGGCCGAAAUAUUCGUCGUAUUCCCCGACGCAUGACAGGUGCGCGUAGUUUUCAAACUGGACUGAACUUUCUGCUCGAACCACCAAAUAUGGGAACGCCAGUAUGGCGCGAUUUGGAUCCCAACGAUCCGGAAUACACAGCCACCAAGAACGACGUCCGUUAUGUGAAUCGAACCACGCAACUGAGUUCGCAAGAUAUCUCAUUGUGGUUACGAGAUGUGACAGUACUUCGCAAUGUUCCCCGCUUUACACGUCGACAUAGGACUCGAACAAUUUGUGAGUAUGGUGGGAAUCUUCCGGAUGGCCAUCUCAAGGUUCGAUUUCUCAGCAAUUUCCCCAAACCAUUGUCGGUACUCGUGCAUUCAGAAGGAAGUUUGUCUGGCUGCGAACAUGUAGUGGCCGCGAGAACGAAACUGGAUUGUGCACGCAGAUGCGCCCUCGAACCAGCGUGUCGAUCCAUCUACUACGACAGCGGGAGCAACAGCUGCGUCCACAUGAUGCACGCCGACUCGCUGCUGUCGCUAUCGGGUGCGAAACGCGGAUCGGGUUGGGUCCGUUUCGCAAGGACAUCCGUUGCAAUGAACAUGAAUGGCGAAAAGUAG